AUGCCUACCGACGAGCACAACGAGGAGUCGGCUGAGCCGACUGGCGAUGUCGAUAUGACUGAGACCCAGAACACUCAGGAUGGCGAGGAGCAGGAGAACCCCAACGGCAGCGAGCUUCCUUUUGCCGAUACCGAAAUUGCAGAGCCUAGAGUCACAUUUGCCAACUAUCUUAUGAGCCCGAUCGUUACCUUGCUCAUUGGAUCAGGCGAUCAGUCAAUUCUCACGGCGCAUCAAGGCCUCUUGGCCCAGAGCCCUUACUUUAAGGAGAUUUGCGACAGAUUUGUUGAGGACGGCAGCCCACGCCAGAUCGAGCUCCCAGACUAUGACAUCGACACCGUCGGAAGCUUCCUCGAGUUCCUCUACACUGGCGAAUACUUCCCCAAGAAGCUCCCCGGCCAGCGCGUCCUCGAGUCCGAUCCCUCGAUCCCCUCGGUCGACAACAGCGGCGAUCAGCUCCUCAAGCACGCCCGCAUUUACACACUCGCCGAGAAGUUUGGCGUCUUGGGCCUCAAGACUCUCGCGAGCUCCAAGAUCCACUGCGUCAACUCGACUGCCAAGGGCGAGAUCGCCUAUGCCCGCUACGUCUACGCCUACACCAGCACCGACGAUACCACCGUUCGCGCACCCAUCGCGAGCUUCUGGGCUACCCGCUCUCACACACUGCGCGCCGAGGCCGAAGACGAGUUCAAGGCUCUUUGCUUGGAGCACCCCCAGUUCGGAUACGAUGUUCUCACUCGUGUCUUGGACGACAAACUCAAGAGAGAGCGCAACGACAAGAUGCACCCUGCCACAAGCAGCGGCCGGAAACGCGCGCGACACAGCAGCGGCGGCUCACGCGCCGAGUAA